AUGAAUUCAGCCUUGCUCCAAACAACACGAUCCCUGCGAUCGGCCCUUCUCGCCCGCCCGAUCCUUGCACAUCGCCUUCUGACGACCUCCUCAAUCCGUGCUUCCUCCUCCUCCUCCUCGACCGACUCGGAUCUGACCCACCCCGCUCUCCUCAAAGACCCCCCAGCGGAGAACCCCUCAACCGCAACCGAUCCCUGGACCCUCCAACCUCCCCCCCUCCCUCCAUCCCCUAUGCCCGAAAUGACCAUGUCCCAACUCAUGUCGACCCCUCACCCGGAAGGAAGGGACGAGGAACCCGUCGAGGUCUUGCGCAAGCGCUUGGUCUACGAAUCGAGGAAGCGGGGGAUCCUCGAGAUGGAUUUGAUACUGUCGACGUUCGCGAAAAAGUGGUUGGCCGAGUUGAGUGAGAGGGAGCUGAGGGAAUACGAUCGAGUGAGUGAUACCGCUUUUCUCUUCUUCCUUGUGGUCCGUCGGUAAGUGUGACGAUGUGCUGACGACUUUUUCGGGUAUGCCCGUCCCCUCAUGCAGUUCUUGACCCUCCCGGAUUGGUCCCUCUACUAUUACGUGACGGGAAAAGCACCCGCACCUCAACCUUGGAAGCGCAGCUGGGUCCUACAGGCCUUGUUGGAUCACGCUGAGAACCGAGGGAGGUCGAUCCGACGGAUGCCCGAUUUGGACACCAAGGCAUAG